AGGAGAAGGAGGACGACGAGGACGACGAGGACGAUGAGGACGACGAGAAGGAGGAGGAGGAGGAGGGAGAGGACAAUGGUGAUGAGGACGAGGACGAGGACGAGGACUAUGACGGUGAGGCAUAUGACGACGAUGAGGAUGAGGAUUAUGAUGGUGAGGAUUAUGGCGAGGACGAUGACGAGGAUGAGGACUAUGAUGGCGAGGAUUAUGGUGAGGAUUAUGGCGAGGGCGAUGACGAGGAUGACUAUGACGACGGAAAUGAGGAUGCAGACGAGGUAUCCGCUGAGCCUGAAAACCAACGGGACCAUCAGCAAGAGGAGCAGCAGCAGCAGCAGCAGCAACAGCAGACUCCAGUGGCCGAGCAGCAGCAGCAGCAGCAGCAGACUCCGUUGUCCAAGCGCCACCACCACCACAAGGGUGCAAAGUACAACCACAGCAAGAAGUCGCACCAGAACUAAGGAACAGAGUGAAGAUGGAGCGGAUAUGUUCCCUGCGAAUGGUUCAACACAGUAUACCAUGCUUUACUAGAAUGAUGUCCGGCAGUGGCACCAGCAAUAACGACUUGGGAAGGAAA